UAUUGAUUGACUGCAACCGUGCACCAAGAAGAACAGCAACAAGUUUUGUUGGCUCGCCAUUUCGCAAUGAGAGAAAAUUGUCCAGGCUGGCCGAAAAUUGAAGCAUAUUAUUGAGUCUGUGAGCGAGAACGACGAUCUACGAAUAGUGGCUUCGGGACCCUCGCGUGGAUACUGAGCGUAACAUAGGAAAACCAUUACUGAGCUGUGCUGCAGUACAUAGUAUAUUAGUCAUUGGUGAUUGCGAAAAACAAUUACUUGACUGUCGCGAAUCCUUGAUGCAAGCAAUCGUCAACCGGGACCGAUGUGUAUAUGCCUAUGGAAGUCUUCUAACUUUGUAGAGAACACGACUGGACUAAACUAGUAAAGGUCCGUCUCAGUUUGUUGCCUAGCCGGAGACGGACGUAUGCAAAUAUGCAGACCACUGCGAGCGGCGUGCAAGAGGAAAGGAAGGACGGGCGUUCAGCGGGCCGGCGUACGGAUGCGGAUGACGACGCACUGACUCAGGAGAGUCUUAGUGAAUUUGCUGAGCAGUUCAAGGAGAAACGUCUCCGUUUGCGCUACACACAGGAUGAAGUAGGGCAUAUGGUUGGUAAGGUUCUUGGCGAGACCUUUUCCAGAUCGUCGCUACAGCGAUUCGAGGACAAGCGGCUGAAGUACAAGCACAUGAGAAAGGUUUAUCCUAAAUUGAAAAUGUGGUAUGAUCAAACUGAGAGUGUCUCUCCCACAGCAAAUAAGCGGAGAGGCCAGAAGGCUGAGACAGUUAUUAUUCACGUGCCGGAUCAUGUGUUGGCCAGUGCACAUGAUCACUCAAUGGUUCUGGGAAAACACCCGAGUCAUACGCUCCAGAAAGAAGCGCAUGCUGUCCUUUUCAAAGCAAAAGAGAUCCGCGCGGCCGCAGGAUCUGGCGGAGAAGACGUCCCUGGAUACCAUGGACACAGCGCCAUGCAGCAUGAGCAGCAACAUGACAUGCACGAGGAGCGCUCGAUUGUCAAGCCUGAGUGUGACGCAGCAGUGUUCAAUGGAGAACUCGUAGUUGUGACUGGCGCACACGCAUAUCCUGAAUACAAAGGGGAUGCAUUGGCUGAGCAUGCCUGCACCUUGGACGGUCAAUACUACUCAUCUGACAAACACAACGAUGGUUUGGAGAGUGGACGCAACAACAUCAGUGAAGAAGACAGCACAGAUUCCGCCACUGAGCCCAUGGUGAAUAGAGAAGACGCCAGCGCAGAGGGGGACCUGCCCGGCUUAAAGACCAUGUCCGACUUCGCUGCAGAAUUCAAGAAGAAGCGCGUGGAGCUGGGCUUCACCCAGGAGGACGUGGGGCGAGAGUUAGGCUUGCGUUACGGCAGCAGUUUCUCUCAGACCACAGUGUGCCGCUUUGAAGCAUUGCAGCUGAGCCACAGCAACAUGCGCAAGAAUUAUCCCAUCAUGGAAAAGUGGCUUCAGAACAUUAUUAACAACACUCAGCCCGCACCCACAAGUAAUGCUGUGACCAAGAAACGAAGAAAACGUACGUCCAUUACCGGGGCUAAUCUGACUCAGCUCGAGGAGUAUUUCAGCAGAAACCCCAAACCAACAGCCUAUGAACUCACCAAGUAUGCCAACGCAAUGAGUUACGAUAGAGAUGUGGUCCGCGUGUGGUUCUGCAAUCGCAGACAAAAGGAGAAGAACAGCAUCAAGUAAGAUGCUGGUCAUGUGUAGCGUGUGCACCUACCUGUCUAGUAAUGCUCCCAACAAUGCUUACUCCAUGGUAUUGCACAAGGAAAUGUAGUCUUCCCUCGUGCCAAACUCAGCGGGUCCCUAGUGGCCUCUCUGCUGCCAUUAACUUUCCGGCAUGUGAGCUGAGCAGGUGAACGGUGUGCGUGGAGGUUUGUAGUCAUAUCGGAGGAAACAUUUUUCCUGGCUGGUGUUUGCACACUGCCAGGAACAUUGGUCGCAGAGAAGCUAACCUGGGAUCAUGCUGAAGUAAUCCUUGGUUAUAUUGUUAUUUGUUUGUCUUGUUGUGUUGUUUGUGUUUGUUUGUUUUUGUGUGUUGUUUGUCCAUUGUUGAAAGGAAACAAGGAAAACGGCGGGGCACAAGUUAUGCGUCAGAGACCACCACCUGAACUAGAUUUUGAACAGUCAGACGUGCACGAGGCAGCACCAAACUGACAAGUUGUUGGCGGCCCAUUGUAUUUUUGAAAGGACUGGGAGAACUCCGAAUUCAAACGAUCAGUCGGGGAAGUGAACUGCCUGAAAAGAGAAACCCACCGGUAUAUGAACCCGGGACGUUGUUUGUGAUGAGCAGUGCUUUAAGCAUCUGAGCUAUGGGACCAGGCUGAGCCUAGAAGGCGUUGACAGGUUUUUUCACUCCAAAGUCCUGGGGGGCCUGGCAUGUUUUCUCUUUUCAGGCAGUUCACUUACAAGACAUUCAUACGGCAACUGCAGAACGCAACAUACUACGACGUAGUUGAUAUCCAGCUCUGCCCUAGCUCCCCGCGCUUCUUUUACACUUCAGUUACCCGUUCAUUAUUUUAUUUUUUUCUGCCCUCCAUCACCGCCAUUGCUGGCUAUCGCUCACAUCACCUUUUCUUUGGCUAAUGCCACGUGAUAAAUAAAUAAAUGAAAGCCCAGGAGCCCUUGCUAUGCUUAGGUUUUAGAACUUUUUACCGAGAUUGUCAUGUGUGUUAUUCCAAC